AUGAAUGAACCACAAAAAGAAUGGAUAAACAAAAGUAUCAUAACAGAGAUCAAUGAAAGAAACGUGAUGUGGACAGAACAACAGAACAACCCAGAAAGAGAAGAACUGAGAGAAAAGUUUAUCACCAAAAGACAUAAAAUAAUCAAGUUGAUACGGGAAACAAAGAAGUCAUAUUAUAAGAAGGAAUUCGACAAAUACAGUGGAAAGCCCAAAAAGCUAUGGAAUUUACUCAAUACUCUUACAAAUAAUAAAUUUAAACAAAGAUGCGCUCCUCCCAAACUUAUUGUUAAUUCAAUAGAAGUUACGGAUCCUCAUGAGAUAUGCAAUAUAUUUAAUAACUUUUUCGCUACUAUAGGGCCAUAUUUAGCUGACGAAAUACCUAUUCAGUUCCAUGUAAAUUAUACUCACGCACUACCAAAACCACUUCUUCAAAAUUUGCAAAUGAAUAGUUUAGAGCCAUGCACUGAAGAAGAAAUCCUUAAUAUUAUUAAUAAACUUGAUUCAAACAGUAGUGUCGGUCUAGAUGGUGUUAGUACGAAGGUUUUUUAA